AUGAGAAUGUGCAAAAUAUUAAUGAUAGGUCCACCAUUAGCCGGGAAGGGUACGCAGUGCAAGAUACUUUCAGAUAAAAUAGGGGCCCCUCAUAUUUCAUCUGGUGAUAUUUUAAGGAAUGAGAUGAGGAAGGACACUGAAUUAUCCCUUUAUAUUAAAAAACAGCUGGAUGCAGGCCAGUUUGUAAGUGACAGUGUCAUUAGAGGACUAAUUAAUGAGCACAUAAAAGGUAUUUCAGGUGGGUUUAUACUAGAUGGGUAUCCAAGGACUGUAGAACAGCUGGAUUCAAUAGAAUUUUAUUAUGACAGGAUACUAUUCCUAGACACUCCCAUGGACUAUAUCAUAGACAGGGCCGAGGGAAGGCUUUGCCAUAUCCCAUCUGGCAGGAUAUAUCACACGAAGUAUAAUCCACCAAAAGUCCCAGGGCAUGAUGAUGUGACGGGAGAACCCCUUGAGAAAAGGAGUGAUGACCGUGCCGAGUUAAUAAAAGGGCGCAUUCUAGAUUUUAUUGAGAAGACCGGGGCAGUAAUUGAAAAGGGCAUAAAAAUGAACAAGCUCACUCGGAUUGAUGGCAGUCAGCCAAAAGAGAGAAUUUCCAAGCUUAUACUGGAAGAAGUUCAAAAAUUAGAAUUUGAUCAGAACACUCCCGAAAGAUUUCUUUAAUAAAGAAGCAAA